AUGUGGGGCCUGCACAGCCGGAAUGCAAUCCUCGACGCGGCGGACGAGCGACUGAGGUCCGGCGGCAACGAAGCCGAUGACAGGUGCAUGGAGAGGGUGCUCGUCGUCGGGCUGUGGUGCGCCCACCCUGACCCGAGCGAGCGCCCGUCGAUCGCGCAGGCUAUGCACGUCCUGCAGUCGGAGGACGCUAGGCUUCCGGCGCUCACGCCGCAAAUGUACAGGACGGUGUCGGAGUUUGCCGUCACUGGACGUGCUAUCGGCGCCUUGUCCGUUCAGGGCUCCUCUUCCACGACCACGACAACCGCCGGCCACUCCAAGGUCUCUUCCGAGUCGGCGUCCUCGGCGUUGCUCCGGGAUUCAAAAGAGUUGGCUUGA